GACGAGUACUAAAAAAAAGGGGAAGGGAUGGAUGGUUAGACGGGCUUGGUUGUGUAUCACUUCUAGGUUGGGGGCCGGCGGUACCGUGAAUGGGGUGGUUAUUCUUUACUUUACUUUUUUUUUUCUGUUCUUACCUACCUCCUAAGGUAGGUAUGAUCCCCUCUACCUCGAUAUUGAGUGGGCAGGCGUUGUUGUUGUCUACAUAUGUGAGAGGUUUCUACAAACAACUCAGUAUUCCCGAGCUGGGCUGGCAACGGUCUUUUAACUGCGCCUUGUUCUGGUUGCUUUUGGUUAUGAGAGGACAAUAUGCCCAUGUCGACGUUUUUGCUACGUUCAUACCCUAUGUUUAAUAUACACGAUUGGUUACUUAAAACUUGAAUGAUUUAUUUCUUAUCUAACUGGUG